UACACGAAUAAUUGCACGGUUCUAGUUUCUGUUUUAGCUAUAUCAUUAUACCCGGGACCUAUUGAGGUUUCCCUUGUCUGUCAUGUACUUGCUCUUUCCUGUUUCGGAAUCCAACAAUGUUGCACCUUCCUUCUUUGCACGAAAUUAUCCCUCCCAGAAUUACUGCAUUGUGUCUUCCCAGAUUCCCGACGCCCUCCUUUUCUUCUUUCAUCCACAUCAGAGCAUACUACUACUUUACUCUCUUAGUCGCAGGCUCAAUAUGCCAAGAGUUGUAUCCUUCAGUGUCAAGACCUCCGCCCUCGUGAUCGCAUUGGUUCUGGUCCCCAUCGUCGUCCUCUGUUGCUGUCUUGCUGUUGCGAUUGCCUGCUCAGAGUACUGGAGCUCCAGGUCUUCUCGCUGCUCCUGUUGCCCACGAAUCCGUUUCCGCUGGUUCAAAGGAUUCAAAGGGCGCAAGAGAAAGCACUCAGACCCCACUUCUUCCAGUUCGACCGAAACACCUGGACUCUCGGCGACCCCUUCUGUGUACGGUGACCCUGUCCUUACAAGGGAACAAGUCUAAACCUACGCCGUGGCUUGUUUUUGGCCUUCCUCUCCUUUCCCAGACGAACUAUACUCACCAAUGGAAGACAUCAUACCGAAGCCCCUCCGGGUUAUCAAGACGCAAUCGAACUCCAAGCAUGAAAUCCGUUCAGUAUCACGAUCGUCUUAUCCCUCGAUUCCCUGCAGAAGCUCUUCUCUAGGUUUGGAUUCGCGACAGGUUUCGAGCGAUUCCUCAAAUUCAACCACCCCGUCACCAUCCCCCUUUCGUGACGACUCUGAACCGAUCAAGAUCCGAAAAAGAAGCCGAGCUUAUACACUAUCAAGUCAAGAUCGAGAUAGCGAAGGCCAAUCUGUCAGUUAUCCCAGGAGGUUUGAUGAAGUACCGCACCCGCCUUCACUGCUC